AUGCCCUCUUCUUCCCAGCACCAGCAGGUCUCGCUGCUGGUGCUCGCGGUCCCCCUGGGGUGUGCGGUGUGCGCAGCCCUGGUUGGAUACCAAGCAGGGGCGGUAGCAUGGCGGCGCAAGAGGGAGGGGGACCAGGCCAAAGAGGAAAAAGAGGCGCACCAACGGAGCACCGCCGCAGGCAUGCAGCACCACCACGCGCUGAGGAAGCUUAUCUCCGAUUCCACCGGGAGAGGUUUCGGAACGGUCAAGCGAGUCUACGUCGUGCCAGGCGGGGGGCCCGGGUCGGUGAAGGAUGCAGGGUACCCCUCCUGGACCGCGCAGAGGGUAGCUAAGGCCCUUGAACGGUUUGAUAUGAAGUACGGGGACACCACGGCCUUCCUCGCGCUAGGGGCAGGCAGCAUGAACGCCCCCAGCGCUCGCGGCGGGAACGGGCACGUCAUCUUCGAGUCGGCGAGAAUAGCAGAGGAACUCGUGCGAGGAGGCGUUCCUCCGGGGAGCAUCAUCGCGGACUUCGCGAGCUGGGAUACCGUGGGCAACGCGUGGUUCGCCAGGAUGGCGGUGGAAGCCAUGCUGGACAUGUCCUUCCGGCACGGGGACCGCGCGAACGAGCACGCGGCACCGCCGCCGCCGCCGCCGCCGCCGCCGGCCCCCGCCGCCGGCGUCGCGCCGUCGGUGUUGUCUCCGAGAAAGCUCCCCUACCCGGGCAGCGCGGUAGUAGCGGAGAGCGGCGGCACAGGCGAAGGCGAGAGUGAAACGGCAGCGGCGGUAGGCGGCGACAACGAGCCGGGACUCUUCUCGGCGCGGAGGGAAGCGGCGGCGGCGGCGGCGAGAGGGCUGACGCUGAAGGAGACCAAGAGGGCGGACGCGGUGGCGGCGGCGGCGGCGGCGGCAGCGGCCGCGAAGAGCGGGGCAGGGGGCGGGGGUAACGGGGGGGAGGAGAAGCUGCCGGCGGCGCGGGCCGGGGAGGCGUACGGGGGCGGGGAGAUGAGGAAGUGGAUGUACGACUGGAAGAAUAAGAAGGCGAGGGCCCGCCGCGGCCCGAUGAACCUCACGGUGUUCGUGUCGGACUUUCACGCCGAGAGGAUGGACGCGGUCUUCCAGUGGGUGUUCGGCCUGGAGCCGUCCCUGCUCAGGGGCAAGACUACGGUUACGAUCGUGAGCAUCGAGACGCCGGUAGAGAUGUGGGCCAGGGGAGGGGAGCAGAGAGAGGCCCGUCAAGCCCACGAGAGAGAGGCGGCAGAACAGGCGCGCCAGCGGGCCCGGGAGAUCCGCACCGUGGAAGAGUUCCGAGCUUUCAUGAUGCUCGGGGGGCACCGCGGAUACUUCGACUUGACGCACGGGCGGUACCAGGCUAGCUCCGGUGGGGGCUGGGGGGGGGCAUCGUAG